UAACCAAACCUUCACUUUCCAAGUAAAUCCAUGAAUAUGAAUCAGUUUAUUAAUAAAUAACAAAUUGAUCAUUAUUUACUUUUGAAGUUGUCAACAUUUUGACCUAAAUUAUCAUCUGUUCAUCUGUGAAUUGAAAUUUAAAUAACAAUUAACAUUAAUCAUCAUUCAAAGUCGUUUAUCGAUCAAUCAACCAGAAACAAAGUAUUAAUUGCGAGAGAAGCUGCAGUUUAUUUCAAUCAAUUAUCAAACAGAAGUGAAAGGAAAAACCGAGAAGUAAACUGAUGUUUCUAUUAAUAAGCAGAGUAGAGCCAAAAAAAGUGUUCAAGUUAAAGUUUAUGUUUAAUUUUCACCCAAAAAAUGGUGUUAAUUGUUGAACGGUUAUUGAUUAAUGGUUAAUGUUGAUUGUGGCCUUACUGACAAUUAACCAGUAAUGGCGAUAACCCAUUGUGACCCUAACCAAGGUCACUUUUUCGAGUGAAGGUUGAAAGAGCAUGCGUAAAAACCUUCUGUUGUAUGUUUUGUUUGACAAUCAAAUAUUCAAUUUCUCUUCAUCUUGUUCUGCACCUUAAUUCAUCUUCUCUUAUCAUUUCUUCAUCUCAUCUUACUUCAUCUUCAUCUUCUUAGUGAUAAUCAUUUUCCUUCAUUUUACCUACAUUAUUCUGUGAUUUGUUGAAAUUCAUAUGUCUAUUAGCAACUGUGAUCUCUCCUGUUACCCAAUUUAUAACAACUGUACAUCAAGCUCUAUCAUCAAGUUGCUCUUCAACUUUAAACCUGGCUCCUUAAUUUCAUCAUAAAUAUUAUAUUUACUUUCAGUGUUUUGAUUGUCAUUUGUUUACCAAUUGUUGUACCAAUUAACAAGAUUGAUCAAAGUCAAUUUAACCAAUUAAAAUUGAUCUCAAUCAAAUUAUUCUCAUAGAAAAGGAUUAUCUAUUUCAGAAUAAGGUUAAGAUCAGAGAAGAGCGGGAGAGACAAUAAAGCGUCUCACUAUCUAACGAUUUCAGAUCAAAGUAUAUUUUGUCCUGAGCUAUAAGAAGUAAAAGGAAAGCGAGAUUGAGGGAGAGGAUGAGAGAAGAAGAGAAAGGAAGAAAGAGAGUGAAAGAGCGAAGAAUGAUGAAUUAAAAUUGAUAUAAGGUAAUCAAAGAUUAAAGAAAGAGAGAGAGAGAGCCAGAAGACAAGUCAUUUAUCUUGAAAUCAUUUUUACCUGUUUGUUGCUGCUUCUCAUCACCGUCAUCUUAAUCUUCACUCUGAACAUCAUUACUAAUCAAGGCGCUACAUCUUUGUCCAUCAUUAACACAAGAAGAAAACAAGUCUCAAAGUUUACAAGUUACUACUUCUCUCAUUCCCAGUUGCUUCAGUUUUUUUCAAACAUCAACUUGAUCGUCAUUUUCAUCAUUAUUAUUAAAUGUGUUCACCUUUUCAAUCAACCAGUUUUCCUGAGUUAAACAUCACUAAACACAAUCCUGUGAUGAAACCUUGUGAUCAACAAAAAAUAUGAGCGCCAACCUCAACAUCAACGUUAACCUUAAUCAAGUGAAAGGAACAAAGACAAGUACAAAGAAACCAUCUUUAGUGAGAACCAGAAAGUGUUAAAUUUAAUUGUUUUCAAUACAAUUCCAAGUUGUUUCUCUUUUUUUUCUUCUAAUUUCUAAAUGUUGUUGUUAACAGCUAAUUGAUGAAGGAAAACAUCUUCCUUAAGAAGUGAGGGUGAAUCUAAUUGUAAAGAAACCAUUUUUGGUUCACAACAAAACAAAAUUGGUUUACAACCAACAAAAACAACAAUCACAAUUACCAGUCAAAUAUUUUCUACAUAACAGUUCAAUUUCAAGGUUUCUACCAGAUCUUUGUAUCGAUCCGUUGCUUUUUUCUUAUUGGUUAAUCAACUUUAUGGUAUUUGGUGAUGAUACAAUUUUUCAACCCAAUGUGUCAUGUUGUCUUAAAUCUUGUCAAAUUCACCAAUUUUCAUCAACGCCAUCUUGACUAUCACUGUCAACCUUUUAUACACAGUUAACAUUGUGAACUCUGUUUCUGUUGUUCUAAUCAUCGUCUGUGUGUCUCCAUUUUUAUUGAAUCUCUCUCACUGCCUAAAAAAUUGUAUUCUUUUUGCUCCAUUCAACAUCAUUAAUAACCUUUUUUGGUGGAUUUUGUCUUCUCUUUCCUGGUCAACUAGUGAACCUUAUUACUAACCAAUCAAUCAUUUGGUUAUUGUGUAUCUGUGGAUUUAUCAAGGUAACAACUACAAAGGGAAAACAGCAAUCAUCAUGUCCAUUUCCAAGGAUGAUGAAAUAGGUGUAAACUCUAGGAUAGUUAAAAAAGGUAUUUUGUGGCAGCAAAAUGGUACCAAAAAAGGAUUAAAAAACAUCUUUAAAAACAAAUGGAAACAACGUUAUUUCAUUUUAACAAAUAGUUAUUUUGCCUGUUUUAAGAAGGAAAAAAGCAAAAUCUGUGAAAUGGGACUCUUUUUAUUUAAAUUGUCGUUAACCGAUAUUAAAACGGUUACAAUGGUCAAUGAUACACUCAAUAUUAACAAUGAUUUCAUCAUUCUCUGGGAUGGUAAUAAUUCACUUAUUACCGAAUGGUUUAACUGUAUUAAUGAUGCUAAAAACAGUUGCCUCAAACGUACCUCAUCAAACAGUUCAUUGAUUAACAGUAAAUCAACUCCUGUUCUUGAUACUAAACGUCUUAACCGAAUUUCAGUUCUGUCUUCCUAUGAACGUCGUCUGUCAUCUAUAUCAUCCUCCUCCUCAUCAUCUCAUCUGAUUCCCGAUCCACCAACUUUUCCUCGUCUGGCACCUCAGUGUAAAGGAGUCAUUUCCAGUACUUCAUCCCAUUUCAACACAACUGGUCCACCAGCUUACCAUCUAAAGCCAUGUCCAUUUACCUUAUCAAUAUCGCCAUCACUUACACAGCGAUCUUUGUACGCCCAGAAAAUACUUUCAUCUUCUUCUUCACCCAGCCCGACACCAACUCAUUCAAGGUUUUUUCGUCCCUUUAAAUCAUCUUUAACUUCAACAACUUCAUCAUCAUUCCUGCAUUAUGCCACCCAGCCAAGAUUGCAAUCAUCUUCCAAUCUAAAAUCGGCAGCAUCUGAAUUUUCCUUCAUCUCACUCAGUUCAUCUGGAGCAUCUUCUCAAGCAUCAGCAGCAGCUAAAGCUCAACAACAACAACAGCAACAACAAAAACAGCUGCAACAGCAGUCAACUCCUCAGAGACACUUGAACCAAAACUCUCACUCAACACUACACCAAACUUUACUCCACCAAACCCUUUCUCGUCACACACCUUCAUUGCCAUCUUUCUCUGGUGGACCACCGUCAACCUGUCCCUCGGACUCACCUAGAUUCCUAUCUUCCUCUCAAAGUCCUUCUCAUGGAUCAUUCGAUUCAGACUCGCCUCCUCCACCACCAGUUCCGCCUCCACGAAUUGGUACAGCUGAUCGAAGGAUAAGACCUUGUUCAUAUUAUGUUGAGCCUGCCAAUAGCUCAUCAAGUUAUUCAUCAAGCUCCUCCAACUCGGCAACAACAACUUCCAUGACAUUGCCAUCCCAUAAUAGGAAAACAUCCCCACUGGCAGAUAAUAUAAAGAAUAGUAAUAAUAACACUUUAAAUAGCCACAAUCACCAUCACCUUAAUAAUAUUAUCAACAACAACAACAAUCACAUGAACACGAUGAAAUCAGGGACAACCAAGAAAAAAUCUCGAAUGUAUCGGAUAAUUGAAAAUUCAAGUCGACAUUUUCGUUGAACCAGAUAAAAUGAAAUUUCCUUGAACACUAUUAGUAUUAUGGCAGGUGAAAAUAAUUCCAUACUUGGUCUGGUUACCUUGGCAAAACAUAGCGAAGUCAAUAGAACCAAAUAAGUGUUCUCUGCGAUAUUAUCACCCGUGCCAAGAUUUAAUGUCCAAUCUUCACUGACCCUUUCCAUGGAGGAACAAACAAAGUCAGCUGAACCUUUGGAAAGGGUAAACAGGGAAAAGAAGAAUCAACUUCUCAAUUUCUUCUACAAUGCCAAUGAUUUUGAUCUCUCAAAUUUUGAAACUCUUUACAAUUUUACAACUUUUAGUGUAUCUAACACUCAACAUUACCAAUGUCUUUUGCAAUCCUUUUUUGUGUGCUUUUGCACCUUUAUUUAUUGAUACUCAGAAUGAACAAGUCAGAAAAAAAGGAGAAAAGAUGAACAAAAAGAUAAAAGGAAAAAGACUAUUUCAAUGGAUCCUGUAACUUAAAAAAAUUAACAGUAAACAAAACUGUUUCAAGCUCGUAACUGGAAUAAUGCUCGGAUUUUGUUUCCUCUUUUUUGUUCAAUUUUCUUUAUCCUCUAUUAUCUUCUUUCUCACCCUGAUCUGAGAUUUUUUCAUGAUCUUUCCAUUUUUUGCCAUGAAAACAUCCUACCUUGUUAUUUCCUCGUCACUUUUGAUUACCAAAUUUUUUCUUUUCCCAAUGAGAUUGAGCCCAUUUGUUAUCCCCAGCUUGAUGAUUUCUAGUUUCUCGUCAAAUUGAAAUUAUCCUCAUCAAUGUUUUUGUAUAAAAAAGUAACCCUUUGAGGCAAAACCAAAUUCAUUUUUCUUCAUAUUUCAUCCUUGUUAACUUUCUCACCAAGUUUAAUCUCCAUUGUUUACCAGCAUCCUCAAACAAAGCAAACAAAGCCAACCAGAAACUCUGUCAAUUUGUGAAAGCAACAUCAAAAAAUCAGCAAGCCAGCAAAAAAAAAGAAACACCAACAACAGAAAAGCCUGUGCAACAGUGAACCUUCCUCAUCUGUAUCAUCACUUAGAUGAAAAUUGAUUUAAUUUUCUUCUCCCUGCUUCCCAUCUUCAUCUUGAAACAUAAUGGUUCUUUAAUGAAAAUCCAGAAAACAAAACCUGAAAAUCAAUGUCAACCUUUUAAUAGCGUCCUUAUUAAACCUUGCACAUCCAUUUUCCGAUUCACUCUCGUUGAUCCAAAAAGAUACUUACCUUUCCCAAACCCUUUUAUUUCAUCUUAUUAACCUUCUCAUUUGCAAAUUGUUGUGAAAAGAAAAAAAAACUGUAAAUGAAAGGUUAAUGAGAAACUUAUAAAUAUAUAUCUCACUCUUUUGUAUCAUGAAGAUUGUAUAAAAAAAGCUAAUACUGAAUACAAAACAAAAUACUGAAUGAAGUAAAAUGAUAAUUGAAAAUGA